UUAUCAAACCAACGUCUUAUCUGCAGAGGUGGUGGCUUGCUGAGUGUUGUUUGAAUAAAAAAAUGAGGUUUGAUUUGUUACCCAUUUAUUUGUUUCGUCCGAUUUUGUUUCCGUUUUCCCGUAACUACUGAACGUUCGGACCUCGCUGGUGAAUUGUAAAAAUUCCAACGACACCGAUAUGGUCACCAACUGACUUCGCAAGUCUGACGCAGUGACGAUUUCCGGACGUCCGACUCUCAAAUAAUGUUUCCCGGGUGCACGAGUCCCUUGAAUUUCACUGGCUGACACAAUAUACCUAAUAAGAAAUUAGGUUCUAACUUACUUAUAGUAUAAAAGUAACUCAAUUAUAAAAAUAAUUAGUUAUAAUUUUAAAAUACCCUUUAAAAAAUGAUGGGUAUCAACAAACCAAAGCCUAUUAAUCCAGAUACUCCAUUAACGCUUAUAAAAGAUGUCCAAAACAAUAUGAACAAUAUAACUGUUAUGUGCAUAGUAUUAGAAGUGAAUCCUGCUGUCCCGCUCAAAGACAAUCAUGAAGUUCGUACAGUUAAAGUUGCAGAUAGUUCAGCUUGCAUCAAUUUUUCUGUCUGGGAUGAACCUGGUUCAUUUUUAUACCCAGGGGAUAUAAUAAGAGUUCACAGAGCUUACGCAAUUUACUUCAGAAACUGCCUUACUCUUUAUGUUGGUAAAAAUGGAGAAAUUGAAAAAAUUGGUGAUUUUAUUAUGACUUUUAAUGAAUCUGUUAAUAUGAGUGAAGUAAACUUAAAUGCACCUCCACCACUUCCACCUCCAGGAGCAAAUGGAAAUACACUUGGUAAUGUGAGACGAACUGGAAUGGGAAAACAGAAUGUAAAACCAAACGCAUUCAAAGGUAACAAUGGAAAAAAUGGACCUAGAAGUCAAAUGAGGCCAGAAAGAAAAUAACAUAAUACUGAUUGAAAUGGUUAUACUAUUGUAUUUUGAGUUGGUGAAAAAAUUCUGUGAUAAUAACUCAUUUUUGACCCUAUUUUAAUAUUCAAGUUUUAUAUUAAGGUAUAAUUAACUAUGUACACCAUCGUUUUUUAAAAAGAAAAAU